UUCCAGUUCUAAUGCAUUGGCUGCAGGCACUCCCCCUCCACCCCAUGUCACUCUAUCAAGGAGCCGCUUUCCCUUUCGCACUGUUGUUUAGUCACCUCUGUAGCAAGGACUCAUUUUCUGCCAAUGCCAGGUACCUCUUUCUGCUGACGGGAGGGGGCGCCCUAGCCGGGGCUGCCAUGGGGCCGUACGCGGCGCUGGUCUUCAUCCCGGCAGUCUGUGCUGUGCUUCUGGUCUGCUCGCUGGGCCCACAGGCUGUCCACAGGUGGACUUUCCUCUUCCAGAUGAGCUGGCAGACCCUGUGCCACCUGGGGCUGCAGUACACCGAGCAUUACCUGCAGGAGCCACCAUCCACCGGGUUCUGCAUCGCUCUUUCUUCACUCAUGCUCUUGACGCAGAGGGUCACGUCCCUCUCGCUGGACAUUGGUGAAGGGAAAGUGGAGGUGGCAUCGGGCAGCGACAGGAACAGGUGCACUGUGUGUGAGCGUCUGUGUGUGGCGCUCCCCUAUCUCAGCUACUUGAUGUUCUUCCCUGCUCUCCUCGGAGGUCCUCUGUGUUCCUUCCAGCGAUUCCAGGCUCGUGUUUACAGCUCCAGCUCUGUGGGCCUCAGGCUCUUGUUCCGGACUCUGUUCUGGAGAGGCCUACAGGUCCUGGGACUGGAGUGCCUCAAGGCAGCCGUGAGGGGGCUGCUGCAUGCAGGGACUGGACUCGCCCAGUGCCGGCAUCUCGAGUGCGUCUCUAUCAUGUGGGCCACAGCCGUGUUCUUCCGACUCACCUACUACUCCCAGUGGCUCCUGGAUGAAUCCCUCCUCCACACAGCAGGCUUUGGGGCUAGCUUGGGCCAGAGCACCGGUGAGGAUGGCUUUGUCCAUGACGCAGACAUCUGGACGCUGGAAACGACGCACAAGCUAGCCUUGUUCACCAGGAAAUGGAACCAAAGCACGGCUCUGUGGCUCAGGCGGCUGGUCUUCCAGCGCAGCGGGCUGUGGCCGUUGUUCCAGACCUUCGCCUUCUCUGCCUGGUGGCACGGACUCCAUCCAGGGCAGGUGUUCGGUUUCCUUUGCUGGGCUGUGAUGGUAGAAGCUGACUACCUGAUUCAUGCCUUUGCCAGUUCAUCCAUCAGGGCCCAGCCCCUGCGGUUGCUCUAUCGAGUUGUCACCUGGGCCCACACUCAGCUCAUCAUGGCCUAUGUAAUGCUGGCCGCGGAAGGGAGGAGCCCCUCCUUUCUCUGGCUGCUGUGCAAUUCAUACAACAGCAUCUUCCCUGCUGUGUACUGCGCGUUGCUUUUUCUGCUAGCAAAGAGAAAGCACAAAUUGCACUAA